CGGAAGUCGGCAGAGCGACUGUAAACAAACUAAUCGUUUCGGCAGUGUCAUGCAUGAAAGUAAGCCUGGUUGAAGUAUACAAGCCAGCAUGCCUUAUCUGGGCAGCGAGGACAUGGUGAGGGAGCUGAGGAGAGCUCUGUCCAACCCCAAUGUCCAGUCCGACCACCUCCGCUACAGGAACACCAUCCUCAAGGUCGUCAGGGCAAUGUCUCAGGGUGUGGACGUAUCAGGCCUGUUCAGUGAGAUGGUGAAGGCCUGCGCCACAGUGGAUGUGGUCCAGAAGAAGCUGGUCUACGUCUUCCUGUGUUCCUACGCCAGUCUCAACCCUGAGCUGUCCCUGCUGGUCAUCAACACGCUGAGGAAAGACUGCCAGGAUCCAAACCCCAUGGUCCGCAGCCUUGCACUCAGGAACAUGACCAACCUCAGGUUGCCCAGUCUGGUGGAGUACGUGGAGCAGCCUCUGACAGCAGGUCUGAGGGACAGAGCAGCUUGUGUGCGACGAGUGGCCGUGCUGGGUUGGGCCAAACUGCACAAACUCCAAGCCAGCUCUGACAUAGACGCUGCGGUGGUGAAUGAGCUGUACAGCCUGCUGAGGGACCCAGACCCCGUGGUGAUGGUGAACUGCCUCCGAGCUCUGGAGGAAAUCCUGAAAGAGGAAGGAGGAGUCGCUAUAAACAAACCCAUCGCUCAUCACCUCCUCAACAGGCUGAAGGAGUGUGACGUGUGGGGUCAGUGCGAGGUGCUGAAGAUCCUCGAGCGCUACCGUCCUCAGUCGGAAGACGAGCUCUUCGACAUCCUCUCCCUGCUGGACCCGUCCCUGCUCAGCCCUCAUCCACCCGUCAUGGCCGCCACCCUCAGCCUCUUCCUCAGCCUCUGCUCCGGCCUGCCCGCCGCCAGUCUGUCGGCCCUGGAGCGCGUGCGGGGCCCCUUGCUGGCUGCUUGCGGGAGCGCCUCCAGGGAGAUGAGGUUCACCGCUCUCUGCCACAUCCAGUUGCUGCUGCGCUCUCUUCCUGGCCUGAUGGGGGCGCACUACAAGCGCUUCUUCUGUGGCUACGCCGAGCCAGCCUACAUCAAGCAGAGGAAGAUGCAGUUGCUGGUGGAGCUGGUGAACGAUGAGAACGUGGCGUUGGUGCUGGACGAGCUCAAGGGAUACUGCACUGACGUCAACACAGACACUGCACAGGCUGCCAUCUCAGCUAUAGGUCGUAUUGGGCGGAGCUACAGCGACAGAUGUCUGGAGAUCCUCACUGGACUGCUGGGGCUCAAACAGGAGCACAUCACCUCUGCUGUGGUGCAAACAGUGCGUGACCUGGUCUGGGUGUGUCCUCAGUGUAGUGAGGCUGUGUGUUUGGCUCUGGAAGGCUGUGAGGAGACAGUACAGGACAGCCAGGGCAGACAGGCCUUGCUGUGGCUGCUGGGUGUGUACGGGGAGCGUGUCUCCAGCGCCCCCUAUGUGCUGGAGGUCUUCAUAGAUGGACUGAGAAGCGAAGUCUCUCCAGGAGUGAAGAUGGAGCUACUAACCGCCACCAUGAGGCUGUUCUUGUGUCGGCCUGCCGAGACACAAGACAUGCUUGGAAGACUGCUGCACUACUGCAUAGAGGAGGAGACGGACAUGUGCGUGCGCGACCAGGCACUGUUCUACUACCGCCUGUUGCAUUGUGGGAUAGAGGAGACACGGAAGGUCCUCCAGGGCCGGAGGUCGGACCCCUCCCUCGGUGUUCUGAUCGGACGCCCAGCUGAGCCUGUCAACCAAUGGGCUCGCAGCUUUAACACACUGGAGCCAUUAAAGCAGAGUGCUGCAGAGACAGAGUCGACCAGCGGGGGGAGCCCUGAACCUGUAACCUCUGUCCCCAGACCCAAUACUGACCUCUCAUUGAGCUCCCUGAGCCCCAGCCCAGUCGACAAGGUUCACACUGGCUCGGAGAAUUCCACGCUGCGUCUCGAAUCCUCUGCUGAUUUCCUGGCCUCGGGUGACGGAGUCCCCCUCAGUUUGUCCCUCUCCCCGGCUCUCAGCCCAGAGGAGUUUGAACGCCUGUGGCUGCAGCGACAGGGCCUGCAUGCUGAGCGAGGUGCCCUGGAAAAGGCAGAGGAGGAAGACUACGUGUGCAUGGAGGAGCACGUCCACUGCCCUGCCCCGCCUCGCUGUUCCCCGCAAAGCCUCCAGGCGGCGCUGCAGCUCGUCAACGUCCAGACGCUGGCCUUCACACCGCCACAGACUCUCCCCUGGAGGGUCUACCUGUACACACACACCAGGAACACACACCGCAGCACCCUCAUACUGGGCGAGCUCCUGUACACUGGAGAGGAGCGAGUAAAGAAAGUAGAUGGAGGGGACGCUGAUCAAGCGGUGAUGGAGGGCGCGGUGGAUGAGCCAGCGAAGGAGGCCGAGGGAGAAGGGAGAGGAGAAGAGGGAGUGAAAGUGACUCUAAAGCAGCAGCCAAGAGAUGACACUGCUCUGAAGGGGUUUUUGUCCAUCCUGGCUACUGUGCUGCACACACUGUCCUCCGAGAGAGCUUGAACACACACACACACACACAAAGAUGACAUGUGAUGUAGAGGGUACAGCCUGUGAAACUCAAUAAACCUUUUCAGCUGCCGAAAAGUUUUUCAGGCUGGCAUGAAUCUUUAAGACAUACAUUAAUAAUGUACAUCAUAAUAAUCAGAAUCAAACUGAUAAUGCAUAUGAAAAUAGCCUAUUUUUAAGUGUAAAUAAAAAGCAUAAAUCAGUGCUUUUCCAGUAAUACAGUCGACAUUUACCUAUAUUGAUUUUCUUUAUGGUGUCCCCUGGCUGCAGGACAUGGUUCAUUCACCUUUUCCCAUUUGCGUAGAUAGAUAGAUAGAUUUACUUUAUUGAUCCCAAAACUGGGAAAUUCUUAUGUCACAGCAGCAUCAGUAGAAACAUAAACGUGAGAGCCAACAAAUCCAUGAACUGUUACAACUAAUAAUAAAACCUUUGCUCCUUUG